AUGGGACACUUGGCACAUUCUCGGGUGCUGGAGGAAUACGACCGGCCUAGGCCGAAGGAGGUGAGAGUGACCCGCGAGAUGCAGUCUCUGAUUCGCUCCCGUUUGAAAGAGCUUGCCGGGGGCAACAUGCAUUGGCGCAGCCUGUCUGACGAGGAUUUUGCCUUUUUCGGUUCUUCUGCCUUCGAAACGGUUUCGGCGGAAGCCUUCCGCCACCAGGGCUUGGCAACCAUUAGCUUGCUCCACGCUGCAGCGGAUUUGACAAAGCUCAAGAAGUCGUGGAUGAACCUGAUGCUUUCCAGGGGGGCCCUGUUGCACCAGGUUGGCUCCCUAAAUGCGUGGGUUGUCGCUGGGGCGUCGGAGCUCGGCGUCGUCGGGGUCAGGGUGUACGCUGUGCGUGACAAGCUCGGGGGUGGGGGCGAUCUUUCGUGGAUCAGCUUGGUGCCCGUGGCCGGCAUCCACGAUGACGUCGCUGACCGCUUCGCACUGUUGCGCAUCGACGAUUUGGCGGCCUGGCGAGCUUCAGAUGUAGAGAUCGUGCCCAACGGAGCGUACGCCCAUACUCUGGCAGCAGGGAGUCACGCCUUUGGGCGCGACUUCGUGGUGCGACCUGUAGCACCCCGCAUGCUACUCCACUGGAGCGCCCAUCGUGCGUUCAAAGGUCUGUCGACUGCCAGAUAG